AAGCGUAGAACUUUAUAAGAUUUUUUUUACCCGUAAAAAGCUCAUCCUAUCGACUGAUUAUUGUAGCAACUGAACGCAGUCUGACCAAAGGCGUAACGUAAUGGCUGCCGUUGAGGAUUUUCCCGCCAUUUCAGAGAACCUCAAAAAAAGUACGUAUGACGUCCUGCAUAAGUUAAUGGAUGUCAACGGAAAAACGGAGUAAAAAUUGAUUCUCAGCUCUCUGCGGUGCAGAAAAUGAGUGAAACAAAAAAGAGUAGGAUAUCUACAGAGUCAGUGAUCAAAGAUAUCGCGACGUCGAUCGGAUCUAUAGCGAGCACGAUCGAAUCUGUGAACAAUUCGCACAGCCUACUCUUAAGGCUUAACAAGUCGAUUGUAAGGCUGAACUUGCAACUACAGGAGAAGCAGAAGGAGGAGCUACAGACGUCGAUUAGUAUCCCAGAGGAGCUGGCCAGGAGAGGUCAAUAGACCGAUACCGUCAGGAUGGAGGAGCAAUCUCAGGCGAUAUCCUUCGCCAACAGCUACUUCUCCCUGGUCGACGGACUCGCCCCCGGCCUCGAGGAUCAUCUAGCCCAUAACGUCGUCCUCGACUGGUUCGGGCGUACGAUUAGAGGCCGCGAAAAUGUCGCGGCUUUCAUGAAGACCCACAAAGUCGCGUCCAGGCACGUAUUCAACUGCAUCGAAUCCGCGUCGAGCAUCAGCUACAGGAAAUCCCAGAUCGCAAGGAAACUUCACCGUGACAACACGGCAGACAAUUACGCGAUAACAUCGAAAUGUCGUCUGAACUUCGAGGGCCUUUCAAUUAGCGAUGGUGAGCCGGUGGUUUUGGACCCGGAGAACAACAACGUGGUGAAGAAAGUCGAAGAGAGUGACGGGCCGUGGGAGCUGAACGAAAACGAUCUGACGAGGCUCUUCGCCUUGGACGUGGCGCCGACCAGACCGGAGGAAAUCGAGGCGAGCAUCCGGAGGAUGCGGAACGAGGAGCGGCCUUCGUCGCGCAGGAUAAAGGCCGACGAAUGGGGCUUCGACGUCCUCGAGUCGCGAUCCGGGGUCAAGUACGUCGAGGCCAGGGGUCAGAUCGAGUUCUCGAAGAAGUCAGCUAAGCGGGGAACCGAGCUUCAGAAGUGGCGGAGGCAGAGCCAGCUACAGAUCGCCUAUUCGCUCGUCAGCAGUGAAAUCCUCGACGAGGAGGAGCCGUGGGACGUUGGUGAUCCGAUGCACCAGGAGGCUGUUCAUCCGAUGGAGACUGACGGCCAGGAUCGAACGCUGCUGCCAACGCUUGACGAGAUCACAGAAAUCAGCAGCAAGCUUGUGCCCAACAUAAACUGCAACUUCGGCGGCUAUUUUCCGACGGUUAACGAGGAGGACGACUUCGUCGCGCAGCGCGACCGCUUCCUGGAGAAUUUCAACGCCGAGAUUUCUGCCCGGAGGGCGGAAGCCGCGCUUCGCACUCCUCAGUACAACCGCGAGGGUAGACUCGUCUUUGCUGAUUUAUACGACCGUCCGCUCGGCGAAGCACAACUGCCCCAUCGCUGCGGCUCUCGAUUCGUAUUUAACUAUCUCAUUCACCUGAUCAUAUAUCAGGGCAGCUCGAGGUGCAGGCGCAGCUUGACUCAGGAGUUCAACGCGCCCUGUGGAUUCGUCGACACCGGCUCGGAAUUCGUGUGAACAGCGAACCCUAUCUUGGAAUCUAUUUUCGAUUCUGUCCAUCGGAAUAUGGAAUUUAGUCUUUCUUUUUUGCUUUUUCACAUACCCUUUAUCAAGCCGUGGUUCGAAGGGAUUUUGAUCACUUUUUUUUUCUGCUACGAUUGUCGGCUUGAAAUGCGAUCAAUGUUCGUUCGCAGAUUCAAAACCUCUAAAAUGAUUAUCCAUAUGAAAUAUCGGUGCAUAAUAAUUAGCACAUUUUAUUUUCGUUAUUUUUGUUUUCUUUUUCAUAUCAUGGAGGAGAUAAUUUAAUCAUCGCGUGAACUUAAUGUUCGGUUCUUUAUCUCUGUUCUACUUCCAUCAUAAUAAAAGCUGCAAGUUUCUAAAUUUAAGCAAUAUAUCGCAAUAUUUAUAUGGAGCUGAGAGCAAUAUACGCGUUUUCUUUCUUUUCUAUUAUUUGUUAUAAAUGUUGAGCUUCUAUAUCGCAACAUGUUAUUCGUCUGAUGUUUCCUUAAUCGAAUUUCAUUGUAGGCGCGGACUGGGUCUGCGAUUAUUUUUAUAAUAUUCUUUAUUUUCUGUUAGAUUUUUAUUUAUCAGUUAGCUGUCCGUUCGGUUCAGCAAUUAUACCUAUACCCUGUAUUUGUUUUAUACCAUGCAAUACUGUGAAUUGAUCUCGUUACAGUUGUUACGGCGUAGAUUUUUUUUUUACCGGGAGGCAAUAAGCUAUUAUUAUUAUUAUUAUUAUUAAUAUACCCAAUAUAUUGCACACUGGCGAAAAGGGUGCCAAUUUUUGAGUUGGGACCAUAUUUGGAUUUGCAAAGUUCGAAUCUGUAAGCCUGAAAUGUGACGUUUCUCUAGUUGAAAAAUCGGUCGGGACAGAACAAAGAACAACACGUAACGUCCAUGAGCAUAAUUCGUAGUUAUUUACUUCUGAAAAAUCCCGAUUUUUGAGUCGUGUCGACCUCGUCGCCGGGGUGCGAUAUGUCCUAAUGAAAUAUAUCAAAGUAUACGUAUACAACAUAUACAUAUAAAUAUAAAUCUAUAUCUAUAUACACCUGCAAUAAUCUUGUUUAUUAUUAUUAUCUCAAUACCGUGUUAAAUAUCUAUAUUACUUAUUACUAUUUACUUAUACAUUAUACCUACGAUAAUUCUUAUAUAACGAGAAUAAAGUUUCUGUGAUAUGUGUUAUAACGCGAAGCAAUUUAACAAUAAAGAUUUAUGCAAUA